AUGCCGCUCCACCAGCUUCCAGAGGAACUUUUACUGCAAAUCGCGCUUCAGCUCCCGGAUUCAGCAACACCCAAGCAUCUGAAAGACUUGAGUCUCACAUCUAGGAAGUUGCAGCCGAUCGCUCAGGAAGCCCUUCACACUACAGCAAGGCUUGCAAUCUCUUGCGGCUGUCACCCUAAAGUCAAUACAGUAGUCAGACUGUUACGGACAUUGCUGGAUCGACCAGACCUUGCCAGCAAAGUGAAGACAUUACGCUCUCGAGCUGUGCGCAAACGAGUCGCGAAGCUUUACGAGGAAACUGGAUUCGAGCUACUCGCGUUCCGCGACCGUUGUGUUGAGAAGUUGGAAGAGCUAGCCUUCGGGGGCCUGCUCCUGGCGCUUCUGCCAAAUUUGAUCGAUCUCGACUUCUGGAUCAAAGAUCACCAGCAUAGUCCACCUUCCAGUGAGUGCAUCUCUGGCUUGUGGGAUAGUACUGCUCCGCCAGAGACCAUCUUACGCGGAUGGAAAAGUAUGCAGCAUCUUGUUACUGGGGACACGUCCAUGCUCAAGUGCGGCAUCGAGUUUGACAGACUCACCGUUCUCGGCCUUCGCACAGUCUCUAUUGGCACCGUACUUCGGUUGAACGGCCCAGGCAGUCCCCAAGGUGCCGGGAAUCUCAUUAAUGAUGGCUAUCACAUCGGCGAUGACUUGUCAACGGAGCUAAAUACUGGCUACUUUCUGGAGCAACUCAGUAGUGUUCAGAAAUCCUUGGAAAUGCUUUCGACAACGCUUGAGACCACUGAGGACGGAGAAUUGGACUGGUUGGUCGACAUGUGCAAGCGCCCCAACAAGUCAAUGAAACAGUUUACUGCUCUGAAACCACUCACUUUACCGCAGCCCUUCGUCUUCGAAACCCGAACCGCAAGCUGGAACCCAAUAGACAACUUUCAGCCGAAUGAAUUGCCACCCGAACUUGAGCAACUCGAGCUGCUGUUUCCAGAUGAGUCAGUCGAAGAGUGGGCCCGAGGCUUUCUCUCAGAGAACUUCUAUAGCGCAUCGUCUCCAGUAUCAGUACAGGAGUUCAUCGCUGGGAAGCGCAGCCUGAAGAAGCUUAUACUCACCUGUCGCGAGGAUGUUAGAAAUGGCGGCGACGUCAGCUACUUUACCGAUGAAGUCGACGAGAUGUGGUGGACGCUAUCGACAGUUUACAGUAUCGAGGCAGAGGCUCACGACCAACAACGGGGCACGAGAGAGAAUCUGGCGGAACUCUACGAAGACCGAGGCUUGAAUGAAGACGACAGCGAGAUUGAUGACGAAGAUGAUGGAGAAGAUUUGGAUGAAGGGGACGUGAACGAUGAAGAAUGGGAAGACGACCGCAAUGAACAUCUCCAGGGUCUGCUCCGACCCGGACUCGCUGGUCUCCCUGGCGACCUCGGCGCAGCACCACAGACCACUUUUGACACGGCAGAAUUAGUAUGUACUGACGAAACACUCAUCCUUGCUUACCUCAGAAGUGUUGCGACACAUUCCUUCGGGCGAACUGCGGAACAUAUCGGUAUGGCCGUAGGAUGGGGCGUUGCACGUGUUGACAAAGCCGUGGAAGCACUGCUAAUGGACAAUCGUGUCGAGUAUCGGACUGACGACUCAGAAGGUCGUACACUGCAUUUCGUCAGAGAGAACGAAGUCAUACUUGAACACGACAGGCUUUUUGGCAAGCCUGAAAAUCGCAGCCAUUCUGGAGACACGGCGGCUUGGCCCCGGCAAAAACGGCCCGAAGCUGGGGCCUGCCAUAGAAUCAAAAUUCUCAGGUGUUUGCGAGAUCUCGCAGAACCGAACAAGGAGGAGGGUUUGAGUGAAAACAAGCUCAAUGACAAGCUCAACAUGGAGCCGGGACUCACCCAGGACGCUAUGUUCCUCUUGCUCGAUGGGGGCUUCAUUAAAUCUCGCACCAAUCAAGGGCUUAGCAGGAACGUGAUCUACGUACGGGACAGUGAAGAACUUUGUGACGACGACAGUCGUAGAAGACGAGUUGCUAUCAAGAGACUUGCUGCCAACGUCCCAGGCGGCAUUUCGGAGCGAUUCGCUAUGUCCUUCAAGUCAGAGCUGGCAGAGCAAACACUCACGCUGGAUCUUCUUCGUUCAUACCAGUCCGAAGGAAUCAAGCCUGAAGGCAUGCUGCGAGAUGAGAUCAGCGACGCCAUUCAUACGCCUUUGAUGAAGGUGGUGUAUGCUUGCACGCGCCUCGUACGAGAUAGACACGUCCGGAACUUUGUGGACAAGUAUAUUUUUGCCCGCGAAAGCGAAGAAUUGCGGAGACAGGACAGAUUGAAAGAGAUGUUCGCGGAAGCGUAUGCCAAGUGGGACACAGACGACUCCAUGCCGGAGCUUGAAGAAUACUGA